UUUUCCACCUCUUUUUCUCCCUUUCUUGACUCCCAAACAACCCCCUUAAUUCUCAUCAUCGAUCCUUCCUUCGCCUUGGCACUGCACACUCUUCGGCACAGAGUCACAGAGAUAUCUGAUCAUUAGUGGGUUCAGUAAUGGAUUCCGACUCCCUGGAACUCAGCUUGGGCACUGAAAAACAAUGCUAUAUCCCUCCAAGCAUCACCCACUUUCUGAAUCACCUUUCCAGGAUCAGAGAUGUUUCUAAGAGGCUAGCUGAGUUGAACGACUAUGUGAGCAAGUUGGAGCAGGAGAUGCGCAAGCUGGAUGCCUUAAAACGCAAUCCUCAACGCUGCAUGCUGCUUCUCAAGGAUGCUGUUGAGUUUCUGAAAAAGGAAGGAGAGAAGAUGAAGCGAGAUAUAGAAUUUAAAGAACCUAAAUGGCCUGUGCUGAAGGAGUUUCUGCCAUUAAAGAGAAGCUUUAAUGAGGAGGAACACAGGGCAGUACCCAUGGAGAAAGAAUAUGGCAGAGAAGAGGAGAACCUGACGAUGAAUUGUCACUAUGAAAAGAGACAUAAAUCCACCCUUGCAAUUCCCAAGCCCUGCAAAUUGAGCAUAGGAGGAGGAGGAGGAGCAUUCACACCAUUCAAGGCAACAAUGGCGAAAACAGAAGUGGCCAAGGAGGUGGCGGAAGAGCCAGUUUUAUCCCUUCUUCUGCCUGGAACCCAGAAUUCAAGGCCCCGACUGGGUAACAACCAUCUUCUUCCAGAGCCCUACAACAACGCUGCCGAUGGAACCCAGACUGAAAGGCUUGAACUGGGUUACAACUACCCUGUUCCCAAGAACAAUGACAUAGGCAAAGGUGUUGCCCAUCAUCAGCCGUUUAAUCCACAGGCAGUGCAACAACACCAGGCAAUCUGGAAGAACAACAGAAGAUGCUGGUCACCAGAGCUGCAUGCUAGAUUCAUGGCCGCCAUGGACUUUCUUGGUGGUCCUGAAGUGGCCACCCCGAAGCAGAUUAGAGCGAUUAUGCAAAUUGAAGGGCUUACAAAUGAUCAAGUUAAAAGCCAUCUCCAGAAAUACCGGCUUCACAACAGGGGGCAACAAGUGGAAGAUACAGAGCCAGCAAAUCGACAAGCAAGUUUCCAAGAGCCAUGGAAACCUGAGAGCCACUCCGGAAACUCCUGGAGCACAUGGAGUUAGUCCAACUUCCCAGUUGUCCACUAAGCUUAGCGGUGCUGGGACUACUUGGAAGGCCUCUGCUGCUGACAAUGCCAAUAGGGUCGAAAACGAGCUAUGGCCUCAGAAGCCAGUUUUGCAAAUCUGGGGACACUGAUGCAAACUUAUUCUCCUAGAAUUUUAUGUGUAAGGGGUAUAUGUGAAGGGGUUCAGUUUGUAAGUGCUGAGGUCACACAAUACAAAAAAAUGAAAU